UGUCCGCCCAGGAGGAGGCGAGAUGGCGGCGUCUGGGGGUCGCGCGUGUGUGCGCUCGCUUCGUGGAGGUGUGCUGUGGCGGAGCAGCCCCUGUCACUAUGAAUCUACUGCCACACGCCAUUUUCUGGGGACCUUACAGAAAUUGCCUCUUCAGGCAGGUGUCAGAAAUUUCCAUACUGCUCCUGUCCGAUCCUUGUUCCUCCUGCGCCCUGUGCCCAUCCUGUUGGCAACAGGUGGAGGGUAUGCUGGGUACCGGCAGUAUGAGAAGUACAGGGAACGGAAGCUUGAGAAGCUGGGCUUGGAGAUCCCGCCCAAACUUGCUAGUCACUGGGAGGUAUCCCUGUAUAAAUCUGUGCCAACGCGUUUGCUGUCACGUGCCUGUGGUCGCCUCAACCAAGUAGAACUUCCUUACUGGCUCCNGAGGCCAGUCUACAGCCUGUAUAUCUGGACCUUUGGGGUGAACAUGACUGAGGCUGCAGUGGAGGACCUGCACCACUACCGCAACCUCAGCGAGUUCUUCCGGCGUAAGCUGAAGCCUCAGGCACGGCCUGUCUGCGGUUUGCACUGUGUGACCAGCCCAUCAGGUUGUCUAUAGGCAAGGGUUCUUCACUUUGGGCAGGUGAAGAACUCUGAGGUGGAGCAGGUAAAGGGUGUAACCUACUCCUUGGAGUCCUUCCUGGGCCCUCGAGCCAGUACAGAGGACCUGCCCUUCCCUCCAGCUUCCUCCAGUGACUCCUUCAGAAACCAGCUGGUUCCCCGGGAAGGGAAUGAGCUCUACCACUGUGUCAUCUACCUGGCCCCAGGAGACUACCACUGCUUCCACUCCCCCACUGACUGGACCAUCUCACAUCGGCGCCACUUCCCAGGUUCCCUGAUGUCAGUGAACCCUGGCAUGGCCCGAUGGAUCAAAGAGCUCUUUUGUCACAAUGAGCGUGUAGUCCUAACUGGAGACUGGAAACAUGGGUUCUUCUCGUUGACAGCAGUGGGAGCCACCAAUGUGGGCUCUAUCUGUAUCCACUUUGACCAAGACUUGCACACAAACAGCCCCAGGUACAGCAAGGGCUCCUACAAUGACCUGAGCUUUGUAACACACGCCAACAAGGAGGGCAUUCCCAUGCNCAAGGGUGAGCCCCUGGGCGAGUUCAAUCUUGGCUCCACCAUCGUGCUCAUCUUCGAGGCACCCAAGGACUUCAACUUCAGGCUGAAGGCAGGGCAGAAGAUCCGCUUUGGGGAAGCACUGGGCUCCCUCUAGUCCUCUUGGUUGUGGCUGCCAAGGGAUCUUUCCAAACAGGAGCAUGAGGGUCUUCAGCAGAGCCUCAGGCUGUCUGGGUGAGGGGCACUGCGGGGCUGACCUUAUAAGACCUGAAUGAUGUGUUCCUGCCUGUCCAUGGGUGCAGAGGAGAGGUUCUGGGUCUCUCAGGACCUAGACCCCUUUCCAGAGUAUGGGUGGGUGUGAUUUGACCCCAAAGUCACUUUCAGGGGUGCUUUAAAUUUUUGUACAAGCCAGAGCCUCCUACCUCUAACUCCUGGCUGUGUACUACCACACCCUCUAGCUGUGCCCCCACCUGUCACAGGACUCUUUCACUGUGCACAGGGUGAGGUGCCUGCUGGGCACAGACUGUGGAUCCACUGUCUUCCUAGAGCAGGCCACAUGGCCUUCAUAACUGCUUUCUGCUCCCAAAUUUCACCCGUCUGCAUGCUGGAAAAGUAAAGUCAUUUAUAUAUUGCUGAA